AUAAUUGAUUAAUUGCCAUUACUCGUUUAUUCUAACCAUAAUUGUCACCAAAAAAACAAACAAAAAAAUUACCGCUGGCAAAAAUAAUCUUAAAGCAUAUAUAUACAUAAUACCAUGUACCAGCUUAUUCACUCUGCUCUCUCCAAAUCCAUCCGUUAAUUAAUAUCUUCACGGAGAAGAAAAAAAAAACAAAAAAAAUGGCGACAGAAUCAUCACAACCAAACCAGAAACUAACGAUUCCGUUAAAAACAAGAAUCGCUCUCACCGUCAUCUCAACCUUCACCGAUAACGCUCAACGUCCCGACGGAACUAUCAACCGCCGUUUCCUCCGCCUCUUCGAUUUCCGUGCUCCUCCCAAUCCCAAACCCAUCAACUCCGUCUCCACCUCCGAUUUCGUCGUUGAUCCCUCCCGCGCUCUCUGGUUCCGAUUGUUCACACCGCACGUCUCCGGCGACAAAAUCCCAGUCGUUGUUUUUUUCCACGGCGGCGGUUUCGCUUUCCUCAGCCCUAACGCUUACCCUUACGAUAAUGUCUGCCGGAGAUUCGCUAGAAAACUGCCUGCUUACGUCGUCUCCGUCAACUACCGCCUCGCUCCGGAGCAUCGUUAUCCUGCUCAGUACGACGACGGAUUCGACGUUCUCAAAUACAUCGAUGAGAAUCACGGCAACAUCCUCCCGGCGAACGCUGAUCUGUCUAGAUGCUUCUUCGCCGGAGACAGUGCUGGCGGAAACAUCGCGCACAACGUCGCCGUCCGAGUUUGCAGGGGGAAUUUCACCGCCGUGAAACUAAUCGGACUGAUCUCGAUCCAACCGUUCUUCGGCGGAGAAAAGAGGACCGAAGCGGAGAAACAACUAGCCGGAGCUCCUUUGGUAUCGCCGAGUCGAGCAGAUUGGUGCUGGAAAGCGAUGUUACCGGAAGGAGUAAACCGGGAUCACGAAGCGGUUAACGUAGGAGGACCAAACGCAGUGGAUAUAACGGAUCUGGAGUACCCGGAGACGAUGGUGGUUGUGGCUGGGUUUGAUCCGUUAAAGGAUUGGCAGAGAAGCUACUAUGAGUGGUUAAAGUUAUCCGGGAAAAGAGCAACGUUAAUCGAGUAUCCAAACAUGUUCCACGCGUUUUAUAUCUUUCCCGAGUUACCGGAGUCCGGUCAGUUAAUUAUGCGGAUUAAGGAUUUUAUCGCGGAGCGCGUCGCUUCACUCUAAAGCUGCUUAAUCACACCCUAGUAGCUCAAUAAAUAAAAUAAAUGCAUUAAGCUAUGCUAAAUGAUUAUGUUCUAUUUAGUCUGUUUACAUUAUUAAGUGGAUGUUAUUGUCUAGUUCUGUGAACUUGUUCUACGUGCGGGUUUUGUAUUUGUAGUACACAACGUUUCAAGGAAAAGAAAAAUCAUUAUGUGACAAAAUC